ACCUAGCUUCAACCGAAAACUGGCAGAUGUUGGCAUCAUUUGGCCAGUUAAGACUACCUUUUUAUGCUUACAGUUGAUAUCACUUUAAACGUCGUAAUAACACAUAGUGAAUUCAAAAUGAAUUUAAAUCCUAAAUCAUUUAAAGAAAAACGUUCGUUCGCACAAAGGUCUGCUGAUGUGGAAUUAAUUAGACGACAACAUCCAAAUAAGAUACCCAUUAUUGUAGAAAGAUACUAUGGAGAGAAACAGUUACCUAUAUUGGACAGAUCCAAAUUUUUAGUACCCGAUUUUUUGACAGUGGCAGAGUUCAUUAAAAUUAUUAGACGUAGACUACAGCUACAUCCGACACAGGCAUUUUUUCUAUUAGUAAACCAAAGAAGUAUGGCAAGUGGUAGUAUGACUAUGGCACAACUUUAUCAGAGAGAACAAGAUGCAGAUGGCUUCCUUUAUGUAGUAUUCGCCAGUCAAGAAGUAUUUGGGCAUUAAAUUCCAACAUUUUAGUUUACAAGUAA